AUGUAUGCUUACAUUCCAACAAAUAUUGGAGCUAUUCAAAAGAAUCUUUCUUUGAACCAUGAUGCUAGUUUUGCGUUCAUCGUAAGGACCGCAGAUGCUCUCGAACUGCUGAAAUGGUUGCUUUUGGGUUGUUUCUUUGAUGGCCUGGCAAAAAUUAUGACUGUUCUA